AAAAUAAAUCACAAUUCCGUGGGCGGAGUAAAACCUCUCGCUUUGCUUCUUCUUCUUCGCUGAUCGGACAACCAGCGAUUAUUCAAAGUUUAGUAGCAUUUGGAAUUGUUUUACUAUCAAGAGAGUUGUUAACGAACAUUUUAAUUAGGGAAAAAAGAGAGCAGCGUUGUGAUGGCGAAGAGGAUUGCUGACAAAGAGCUGACUGACAGGAACUGGGAUCAGGAGGAUGAGGGAGAGGAGUAUUCUGAUGGUGUUCAUCAGGCAGGGACGUUUUCCAUCGCUAGUGAUGAUGUGAUGAAGAGCAGGCCCAUCAAGAAGGCCAAGCGUCGGGCUGCUGGUUCAGAGGGGCAGAGUGAAGGAGCAUUCAAAGUGUUUAAAGGGUUCUCUCUGGCUCCUACAUCUGGAACCGGGCCAGCCGCUGGGGGGGUCACGGCCUUCUCCGGGUUCGGGAAUGGGGUAGGGUUUAAACCCCUGUCUGGACUGUCCAACGGGAACAGUGUUAAACCCGUCGCUCCAGCCUUCACCGGGUUCACCUCGCCUACUGCCACCAAGACCACCACACCAGGUUCAUUAACAUUCAGCGGCCCCUCCAGUGCCGUCAUCACAGGGCAGCAGUCAAAUGGUUCCUCCCCCGUGGUUUCCAGUCUGUCUCCCGGCUCCUCUCUCUCCUCUAACGGCAGUAACAACCAGGAAUACAGUAGGCAGCUCACAGCUCUCAACUGCUCUGUCAGGGACUGGAUCACCAAGCACGUCAACGGAAACCCCCUCUGUGACCUGAACCCCAUCUUCAGGGACUACGAGAAGCACCUGUCCAGCAUCGAUAAGAAAUACGGAGGGAGUGGAGCUGCUGUGGUGGCGGAUGAGAGCGGUAGCAAAGCAGCGGAACCAGAGGAGAAGCGGGCAGUCAGUACCGCUCCACCACCCUCCUCUGGUACCGCCGGCUCGACGGCCACGGCGUUGGGGUUCUCCUUCCGUAAGGACGACAGCGCUACGGCCCCGGUGGACAGCUCGGCCGCCGCUCCUGCUCCGAUCCCCGCCGGCAUCGGCUUUAACUUGGGCCAGAAGGGGAACAGCUCAGUGUUGGGGUCCCUGAGCUCCGGAGGAGCUUCUAGUGUCUUCUCCUCCUCCCUGUUUGGAGGUGCCGCUCCUCCUGCCUUCUCCUUCAGUGGGGCCAAAGCGGAGGCUGCCCCAACCCAGACAACAGAUGAAAACGGAGAGGAAUCAGAUGAACCCCCCAAAGUGGAAGUCCAGGAGAUCAAGGAGACUGACGCGUUCUACUCCAAAAAGUGUAAACUGUUCUAUAAGAAAGAGACGGAGUUCAAGGAGAAGGGAGUUGGAACGCUGCACCUGAAGACGACCGCAGACGGAAAGACACAGCUGUUAGUCCGCGCUGACACCAACCUGGGUAACAUCCUGUUGAACAUCCUGGUCCAGGCCUCCACGCCCUGUUCCAGGAUGGGGAAGAACAACGUCAUGGUGAUAUGUGUUCCUAACCCCGUGGUGGACCUCAACAACCCUACCAACCCUGUCGCCAUGCUCAUCAGGGUCAAAACGGCAGAGGACGCUGAUGAGCUGCACAACAUACUGGAGGAGAAGAAGGCUUAGAGGACACGCCCCCUGGACAACAUACUGGAGGAGAAGGAUUAGAGGACACGCCCCCUGGACAACAUACUGGAGGAGGAGGACACGCCCCCUGGACAACAUACUGGAGGAGAAGGCUUAGAGGACACGCCCCCUGGACAACAUACUGGAGGAGAAGGAUUAGAGGACACGCCCCCUGGACAACAUACUGGAGGAGGAGGACACGCCCCCUGGACAACAUACUGGAGGAGAAGAAGGCUUAGAGGACACGCCCCCUGGACAACAUACUGGAGGAGAAGGCUUAGAGGACACGCCCCCUGGACAACAUACUGGAGGAGAAGGAUUAGAGGACACGCCCCCUGGACAACAUACUGGAGGAGGAAGCUUAGAGGACACGCCCCCUGGACAACAUACUGGAGGAGGAGGACACGCCCCCUGGACAACAUACUGGAGGAGGAGGACACGCC